CUUGAGAGCAAUAAAGAAAAUGAAGAAAGGUUGGAUUUUGCUAUCUAUUUCGCAGAAGGAAAGUACCAGAAGGACAGAUAUACUAACAUAUUUUUGGAGGUAAUUUUUGUUGCUUUUAUAACAUGUUCAAAGUUGGACUGACCAAAGCGAAUCUUACCUCCCAUCUUUUAAUAAAAUAAGGAGCUGGAGCCUUCCCCACACCUGCAGCUACAUAUAUAUCUAAACCAAAACCGACUAAGCCAACAAUACACAGAGGAACUCAUGGCUUCCCCAAAUGUCAAACACAUCUCAGAGUGCUUCAUCCAGCCACACUAUGCUUCCCAAGAAUCGAAGCAAUCCUUUUACUUGACCCCCACUGACCUCGCCAUGCUCUCCGCCCACUAUAUCCAGAAAGGCCUCCUCUUCAACAAACCUCCUGAAGCCAACAGCCCCAAUUUUCUCGAUACCCUUUUGGCGAAACUGAAGUACUCUCUUUCCCUCGCACUCGUUCACUUCUACCCCCUCGCCGGUCGCCUUGUGACCAAGAAAGAACAAGACCCUCAUCUCUACUUGGUGUACGUGGAUUGCAGCAACAGCCCCGGAGCCAAGUUCAUCCAUGCUUCUCUUGACAUGUCCAUCUCCGACAUUCUUUCCCCAACUGAUGUGCCCUUGGUGGUUCAGUCCUUGUUUGAUCACGACAGGGCGGUCAACCACGACGGCCACACCAUGUCACUGCUGACGGCUCAAGUCACAGAAUUGGUGGACGGCGUUUUCAUCGGGCUGUCAAUGAAUCAUGCAGUGGGAGACGGAACAUCUUACUGGCAUUUCUUCAACACUUGGUCUGAAAAUUUCCAAGCACAAGAAAAGAAUGUCCUGAUUUCAGAGAAUAUUUCCAACCCACCAGUGUUGGAUCGGUGGUUUCUAGAAGGUCAUGGUCCGAUUAUCAGCCUGCCUUUCACCGACCCAAGUGAGUUCAUUGACAGAUUCGAAGCACCAAAACUCAGAGAGAGAAUGUUUCACUUCUCCGAAGAAUCCCUAGCCAAACUCAAAGCCAAGGCCAAUUCAGAGUGCGACACCAGCAAAAUCUCCUCCUUCCAGGCCUUGUCUGCGCUUCUCUGGAGGACUAUUACUCGAGCGCGUCUUCUGCCACCAGAUCAAGAAACCAGUUGUAGAUUGGCUGCGAAUAGUAGAGCAAGAUUAGACCCGCCAUUGCCUCCAAAUUACUUUGGCAACUCAAUUUAUCCUAUCAGAUCUGAAGUGAUCAAAUCUGGUGAGUUGCUUGAACACGGGCUUGGAUGGGCGGCGUGGAAAUUGCACCAGGCUGUGGUUAACCUCAAUGACCAAGCACUAAAAGGAUUUCUUACUGAAUGGUUACAGUCUCCCACUGUGUUUACUCUGCGAUUUUUCGAUCCAUUUAGCGUGAUGAUGGGGAGUAGUCCGAGAUUUGACAUGUAUAAAAAUGAAUUUGGGAUGGGAAAAGCUAUGGCGCUACGAAGUGGGUAUGCCAACAAGUUCAGUGGCAAAGUGUCUUCGUUUCAAGGGCGCGAAGCAGGAAGCAUCGACUUGGAGGUGUGUCUUCCUCCGAAGGUAAUGAGGGCUCUCGAAUCUGAUUAUGAAUUUAUGGAAGCUGCCUCUGCACCAAGUUAUGAGUGGUCAAGCUAGUUUGAAAAUUAGUACGCUAAGCUGAAACUGUAUGAUGUUGCCAUGUUUAUGGUUCUUUACCUUGAGUCGAAUAAGAAAAUAGUCAAAAUACCAUGAGAAUAAUGAUGAUGUUCCACCCGAUCGAUCUUCUUUAAUCAUGGUUGUCGAUCUAAUUAGUUGGAUAUUUUUGUCGAAAAUUGUUUGGUGCUUUGGAGAAUGUGUCAUUCUCCUUUGACAUUGAAUUUUAAAUAAU